AUGCUGCAACUAAAAAGAAAAACCGGACUUUCACUGGCUGACUGAUUGGAAACCGUUUUGGGAUUUCUUUCCUAAGCUUCUUAAUUAGAAUCUUUACAUUAUAGAGAAAAUGUUUUUGAGAGUUGAGUGUGGUCUGUGGAGUGUCCUAUUAGUAACGACUACUGAGUAGGUUUAACUCACCUCUUUUAUUGAAAUGUGAAAAGGUGUUACAUUUAUAAUAGAAAACUCUUUGAAAGUCGCACCUUUCAUUUGAGAGGAAUUUUAAAUGUCACCCCAAAUUUUAAGAUUUUAAUUAAUUUUAAUUGAUUUCCAAAUUUUAAUCAAUAGGCAUAAUAUUCAAGAUCUUAUCUAAAAAAUAUUACAUGGCAAUAUUUUGUCCUUGUUAAUUAAAAAAUAACACUGAAAACACAAUCGUCUUCCUUUACGGUGAAAACCUGACCAAUACUAACCAUCUCAAUGAUGGCAGAAUGAAAUCAGAAUCUGAUUGGAUUAAAAAGGAGGGAAAGGGUGUGGCUAAGGUGGGUGGAGAGACCCUCUCCUAUAAAAGCCCCUGGCAGGCAGCUCUCAUCCCACAUCUGAGCUGUCCGCAGAAGCAGCUGGAGGUCAGGGGAGAAACUCCAGAAGGAGAGAUAUUUGCCAUGGCUGAGCACUUCAAACAGGUCAUUAGAUGUCCUGUCUGCCUAAAAGAUCUUGAAGAAGCCGUGCAACUGAAAUGUGGAUAUGCCUGCUGCCUCUCGUGCCUCAAUUUACUCCAGAAGGAGCCCGAUGGGGAAGGUUUACUGUGCCGUUUCUGCUCUGUGGUCUCUCAGAAGGAUGACAUCAAGCCCAAGUACAAGCUGAGGGCGCUGGUUUCCAUCAUCAAGGAACUAGAGCCCAAGCUGGAAAAGGUUCUAACAAUGAACCCAAGGAUGAGGAAGUUUCAAGUGGAUAUGACGUUGGAUGUGGACACAGCCAACAACUAUCUCAUCAUUUCUGAAGACCUGAGGAGUUUCCGAAGUGGGGAUUUGAGCCAGAAUAGGAAGGAGCAAGCUGAGAGGUUCGACACUGCCCUGUGCGUCCUGGGCACCCCUCGCUUCACUUCCGGCCGCCAUUACUGGGAGGUGGACGUGGGCACCAGCCAAGUGUGGGAUGUGGGCGUGUGCAAGGAAUCUGUGAACCGACAGGGGAAGAUUGAGCUUUCUUCAGAACACGACUUCUUGACUGUGGGUUGCAGAGAAGAAAAGGUCUUUGCUGCCAGCUCUGUGCCUAUGACUCCUCUCUGGGUGAGUCCCCAGUUGCACAGAGUGGGGAUUUUCCUGGAUGUAGGUAUGAGGUCCAUUGCCUUUUACAAUGUUAGUGAUGGGUGCCAUAUCUACACAUUCAUCGAGAUUCCUGUUUGCGAGCCAUGGCGUCCAUUUUUUGCUCAUCAACGUGGAAGUCAAGAUGAUCAGAGCAUCCUGAGUAUCUGUUCUGUGAUCAAUCCAGCCAGUGGCAGUGCCCCAGUUUCUUCUGGGGGAAAGUAAAUAAACAUUUCAACAUAAUCAUCUUUACGAAGUUUCAGUGCGCCCGUAGCCAUAGCUAAGAACUUUUCUGCUAGAUACACGUAGGUACAAAGGGACAGAAGGGAAAAAGCCAUCACUCUGUAAACCAUGAACAGAAAGCAAUUAUAUUAAUGAGGGGGAAAUUACAUUGUACUUCAAGUUUGUCAUGUUGUUUUCUUUGGGGCUUAUGUUUAUAUUUCUAUUCAAUAAAUAUUUUGAAAAUUC